CAAUAAAAGCUUUUUUUUUUUUAAAGUUUUCCGGUGCCCUUUGCUCUUUGUUUGCCUUCCUGCUUUGUUCUCUGGCCAGCUGCAGGCCACGCUGCCAUUUGGAAAGAAGUUUCCUUGGGUUUGAUUGACAAAUGGGAGAGAAUUGGGAUGCAGAGGCUCAUGCCUUCUAGAGAAUAUUUUGGAGAAAGGUGGGAACUAGAGAGAGCUGCUGGCUUUACGAUGUUGGGUUCUGAGAACUACCAGGUGUGGGGUUCGUGAGCACAUACAGGCUUGUUAGCUCUUUAAGUUCGUGAGUCUUUAAGUUCAUAAGACUUUGUGAGCUUGCAGUGAUAACACAGAAAAUACCAAGUUAAGGCAAUAAAAUGGUCUCCCCAACCAACUGAUCACUUCCCAGCACAGGAAACUGAUGACUUAAUUUAGAAAAUAUGAUUUUAAAAAUUGGCCUCAAAGCGUUUUUGGACUCAGUUCUGUGCAUGUUAUUAUCUAUCCAGAUUAUAUCCUGACAUUCAUUUAGAAAAAAAAAAAAAAAAGACUAAAAAAUUUUGCCAAACUGGAAAUGGAAACGUAUUACGGUCUGUGGAUGGGAAGAGUCUUGAAUGUGUAUGACAACCCGCAGGAUGUGUUAGCUCCGGUUCCAGCCAAAAAUCCAAGAGAGUAAUGAGUUUGUCAGAUACCAUCAAAUCAGGGAGAAGAUUUAGAUAAAACCCUUCAGCAUGAAUAUUCUGGCAAUAUUUAAAACUAUCUUAGAAAACCAGGCCUGGGAUUGGAGAAUGGAGAGUAUAGAAUUUCUGUACCUGGAAGGCCCCCAAGCCUUUUUUUUUUUUUGUUAAGGUAAUCAAAGAUAAGUGAACAGUAAGUAAUCCUUUCUGUAGGCCAAUUAGACAAGUCAUGCCUGAAGCUCCCCGCUCCCCCGUGACUCCUGGAGGAGACUGGACUCACGGACACGGGUACCCACUAACGCGCAUUCCUGCUGGUUGAGAUCUGAAAUGCUUAUUUGAACGGGCUUGGUGUGUUGCUGCCUGUGUUUAUUUGGAUGUAUUUCAGCAAAAGCCAUCACACGGACAGUAGAGGCGCGUUUUAUGAAAUGGUGUUGAAUGAAGGACAGGUCAGACUGAAACCUGAUUGACAGAUGAUCAGAUUGGUGAAACCAGACCAAAAAGAAAGGGAUUAGCAUUCAAGUACCUUGGCUUCAGAAGUACGGAGCUUCCCUUUGGUGACUCCUCCAGCUCCAUCUUUGUUGAGUGAGCUUUGGUUCUAGCUCCGUGGUAGGAUGGUGAGUGUGCUUUCUCUCGGUUUCCUUUGUGUACUUGUCUCAGUGGCCAUAACGUGCUACUGCAUUGCUGUGAAAUCCCCUGAGAUUUUACCUCCAGAUGUAACUCAUGCUAGAUAGGGGCCCUGGGUAGGGGACUGAGAAGGGGGCUCCGAGGCCACCAGGACCUUGGAAGGGGAAGGGAUUUUGGUGGUGAUUUAAGCGCUGGCAAGGGCUCUGUUGGAAAAGGUUCACUAACUUCCUGCAAGGACACUUCAGAGGUGCAAUGGGCAGUAGGACAGUGGGUGGGGUUUGUUUCCUGUUUGGAGUGAGAGAGGAUUCUGGUGCAUAGGUGUCUCAUUCCAAGGCCUGUUGUCCAUCAGACUGUGUUGGGCAGCACUGUCCAAUAGAAUUUUCUACAAUGAUAGAAAUGUUCUAUACUUGUCAUGUCCAAAUCAGUAGCCUGCAGCCACGUGUCCCUGUUGAGCACUGGAAAUGUGAUUAGUGUGAAUGAGGAACUGCAUUUCUGAUCUUACUACUUGAUUUUAAUAAAUUUAAAUAUAAAGAGCCCCAUGUGACUAGUGGCUACCAUAUUGGACAGUGCUGUUACAGAGCUCCAGCUAUCACCUUAAUAAUUUUAUAUCAUCCAUACAAAACAGUGAAGAAAAUGUGAAUGGGAAACAUGAAGAAUGAUGAACAAGUCCAGUGACUUCCACCCUGUUGGAGAAAUUGACCUUCAUCCCCAGUUCCUGUGCAGCUUUCUGGAUCUCGUCUUCCAAGGUGAAGUGGAGGUUCCGGAUCCGAACGACCCUUUAGGACCCCUUGAUGGGCAGGACGGGCCGAUUCCAACUCUGAAAGGUUACUUUCUGAAUUUUCUGGAGCCAGUAAACAAUAUCACCAUUGUCCAAGGCCAGACGGCAAUUCUGCACUGCAAGGUGGCGGGAAACCCACCCCCCAACGUGCGGUGGCUGAAGAACGACGCCCCGGUGGUGCAGGAGCCGCGGCGGAUCAUCAUCCGGAAGACAGAAUACGGCUCGCGACUGCGAAUCCAAGACCUGGACACGACAGACACUGGCUACUACCAGUGCGUGGCCACCAACGGGAUGAAGACCAUUACCGCCACCGGCGUCCUGUUUGUGCGGCUGGGUCCAACGCACAGCCCAAAUCAUAACUUUCAGGACGAUUACCACGAGGAUGGGUUCUGCCAGCCUUACCGGGGAAUUGCCUGUGCGCGCUUCAUUGGCAACCGGACCAUUUAUGUGGACUCGCUGCAGAUGCAGGGGGAAAUUGAAAACCGAAUCACAGCGGCCUUCACCAUGAUCGGCACCUCUACGCACCUGUCGGACCAGUGCUCGCAGUUCGCCAUCCCAUCCUUCUGCCACUUCGUCUUCCCUCUGUGCGACGCGCGCUCCCGGGCACCCAAGCCGCGUGAGCUGUGCCGCGACGAGUGCGAGGUGCUGGAGAGCGACCUGUGCCGCCAGGAAUACACCAUCGCCCGCUCCAACCCGCUCAUCCUCAUGCGUCUGCAGCUGCCCAAGUGUGAGGCGCUGCCCAUGCCCGAGAGCCCCGACGCUGCCAACUGCAUGCGCAUCGGCAUCCCGGCCGAGAGGCUGGGCCGCUACCAUCAGUGCUAUAACGGCUCAGGCACGGAUUACAGAGGAACGGCAAGCACCACCAAGUCAGGUCACCAGUGCCAGCCGUGGGCCCUGCAGCACCCCCACAGCCACCACCUGUCCAGCGCAGACUUCCCUGAGCUUGGAGGGGGGCACGCCUACUGCCGGAACCCCGGAGGCCAGAUGGAGGGCCCCUGGUGCUUUACGCAGAAUAAAAACGUACGCAUGGAACUGUGUGACGUACCCUCGUGUAGUCCUCGAGACAGCAGCAAGAUGGGGAUUCUGUACAUCUUGGUCCCCAGCAUCGCAAUUCCACUGGUCAUCGCUUGCCUUUUCUUCUUGGUCUGCAUGUGCCGGAAUAAGCAGAAGGCAUCUGCGUCCACACCGCAGCGGCGACAGCUGAUGGCCUCGCCCAGCCAAGACAUGGAAAUGCCCCUCAUUAACCAGCACAAACAGGCCAAACUCAAAGAGAUCAGCCUGUCUGCAGUGAGGUUCAUGGAGGAGCUGGGAGAGGACCGGUUCGGGAAAGUCUACAAGGGCCACCUGUUUGGCCCCGCCCCGGGGGAGCAGACCCAGGCCGUGGCCAUCAAAACACUGAAGGACAAAGCAGAGGGGCCCCUGCGGGAGGAGUUCCGGCACGAGGCCAUGCUGCGAGCACGGCUGCAACACCCCAACAUCGUCUGCCUGCUGGGCGUGGUGACCAAGGACCAGCCCCUGAGCAUGAUCUUCAGCUACUGUUCGCACGGCGACCUCCACGAAUUCCUGGUCAUGCGCUCGCCACACUCGGACGUGGGCAGCACGGACGACGACCGCACGGUGAAGUCCGCCCUGGAGCCCCCCGACUUCGUGCACCUGGUGGCACAGAUCGCGGCAGGGAUGGAGUACCUCUCCAGCCACCAUGUGGUUCACAAGGACCUGGCCACCCGCAACGUGCUGGUGUACGACAAGCUGAACGUGAAGAUCUCAGACUUGGGCCUCUUCCGAGAGGUGUAUGCCGCUGAUUACUAUAAGCUGCUGGGGAACUCGCUGCUGCCCAUCCGCUGGAUGGCCCCGGAGGCCAUCAUGUACGGCAAGUUCUCCAUCGACUCGGACAUCUGGUCCUAUGGCGUGGUCCUGUGGGAGGUCUUCAGCUACGGCCUGCAGCCUUACUGCGGGUACUCCAACCAGGACGUGGUGGAGAUGAUCCGGAACCGGCAGGUGCUGCCCUGCCCGGACGACUGUCCCGCCUGGGUGUACGCCCUCAUGAUCGAGUGCUGGAACGAGUUCCCCAGCCGACGGCCCCGCUUCAAGGACAUCCACAGCCGGCUCCGAGCCUGGGGCAACCUUUCCAACUACAACAGCUCGGCGCAGACCUCGGGGGCCAGCAACACCACGCAGACCAGCUCCCUGAGCACCAGCCCAGUGAGCAAUGUGAGCAAUGCCCGCUACGUGGGGCCCAAGCAGAAGGCCCCGCCCUUCCCACAGCCCCAGUUCAUCCCCAUGAAGGGUCAGAUCAGACCCAUGGUGCCCCCGCCGCAGCUCUACAUCCCUGUCAAUGGCUACCAGCCGGUGCCGGCCUACGGGGCCUACCUGCCCAAUUUCUACCCAGUGCAGAUCCCAAUGCAGAUGGCCCCGCAGCAGGUACCUCCUCAGAUGGUCCCCAAGCCCAGCUCACACCACAGCGGCAGCGGCUCCACCAGCACAGGCUAUGUCACCACGGCCCCCUCCAACACGUCCGUGGCGGACAGGGCAGCCCUGCUCUCAGAGGGCACCGAGGACGCACAGAACGCCCCAGAAGACGGGGCACAGAGCCCCGUGCAGGAAGCAGAGGAGGAGGAAGGCUCUGUCCCAGAGACUGAGCUGCUGGGGGACAGUGACACUCUGCAGGUGGACGAAGCCCAAGUCCAGCUGGAAGCUUGAGUGGCACCAGGGCCCAGGGUUCGGGGACAGAAACCCCGCUGAGACCCCACGGGGACCUCAGUCGCCUUUGAGAAGACACCAUACCCAGCAAUCACGAGAGCCCGCCGGCCAGCGGGCUUGUUUACAGACAGGGUGAGGUGGAGCCCUGCUCCUCUCUGUCCUCUGACACAGACAGCUGUCCUGCCUAGGAGCACCCAAGCCAGGCAGGGGGCCUGGUAGCACGGCAUCCUGAGGAGCAGGACACAUGGUCAUCCCCAGGGCUGCCUACAUUGAUUCUGGUGGUAGACUGGUAGUGAGCAGCAAAUGCCUUUCAAGAAAAUAGGUGGCAACUUCACUCCGUGUCGUAUAUGGAGCGAGUAUUUCGGAACGUUGGGAAUAAGGGCAGCGAGGAGGCACCUCGAUCUUGAGGUUCCCGACAAGCCAUCUGGUCUGUUGCUUUGAGGAUGAAGGGGCUCCAUUUCUGCUGCCUCCCUGCCGAGAAUAUUCUCCCUUUAGCAGCCAAAGAUUUGUUGGAACCGAGGCUGCCCUCUGCUGCCUGUUGGGGUCGGAAGACAAGGGGCUCCUGAAAUGGGAGUUCCUGAGAUACAACAAAACGUGUGCCUUCGAAGAAAUGGACAGCUUUGUAUUUGGUGAAAUGGUUUUAAUUAUACUGCAUGUGUAUUUUGCCCACUUUUGGGGAAUUCAAGGGAAAGUGUUUCUUGGGUUUGGAAUGUUCAGAAGAAGCAAUAUUGUACAGAACACAGUAUUGUUAUUUUUUUUUAAGAAUCAUGUACAGACCUUAAAUGUAAUUUAUAUGUUUUUAAUAUGCCAUUUUCAUUGAAGUAUUUUGAUCCUAAGAUAAUGAUUUUAGUAAUUUAACUGUUUACGUUACCCGUGUUGGGAUCCAGCUGGUCUUGGUUUGCUUGUCUUUGUACCACGUGCACAGGAGGUCCAUUCAUUUUACAGCCCCUGUUACACACAGACCCACAGGCAGCCGUCUGUGCCCCGCACACAUCGUUGGUCCCAUUUGUAAAUCCCACACCUGGUGUAUCCAAUAAAGUGAAACAAAGCAU